GAGCCGCACUGCCCGUACAUCUACAAGCAGAGUUCAAUACGGUGUAAGCUGUCAGUGGCUCUUAAAACCCACAACAACAAGAAGGUACAAUGGCAUCUGUUAGCCCUGAGGAAACAGUGGAGAAUGAGGCCAUGCCCAGGGAUCUAGGGGCUGAGAGCAGAUUAUACAUUGAUGCUGGAGCAGACUGUAUUCCAAUUGUGUACCGUGAGGAGUAUAACAUUCAUCUGCUUGGCAUGGAGAGACUGCAUCCAUUUGAUGCAUGCAAAUGGGGUAAUAUAGUCAAGAAUUUAAAGAAGAAGCAACUGUUGAAAGGCAUAAAUCUAGUCACUCCCAAUGAAGCUACAGAGGCAGACCUUAGACUGGUUCACUCAGCUUCUUAUCUAAGAAGUCUUAAGUGGAGUAUCAAUGUAGCUAAAAUAACUGAAGUUGCACCAGCAGCACUUUUACCCAAUAUGGUUCUACAAAAGAGAGUCCUGAAGCCAUUCAGGUAUCAAACUGGAGGGAGUGUUUUGGCUGGAAAACUGGCUGUUGAGCGUGGCUGGUCAAUUAAUGUUGGAGGAGGAUUUCACCAUUGCUGGGGAAAUAAAGGUGGCGGGUUUUGUGCAUACGCUGACAUUACCCUCACAGUGCAUUUCAUCCUCAACCACUAUUCCAACAUUGAGAGAGUUAUGAUCAUCGAUCUAGAUGCACAUCAGGGUAAUGGCCACGAGCGGGACUUCAUGGGACGUAAGGAUAUCUACAUCCUUGAUAUGUAUAACAAGUAUAUAUAUCCUAAUGACACAUAUGCAAAAAAAGCAAUUAGCCGUAAGAUUGAACUUUUUGCAUACACCGAAGAUGAGGACUAUCUUGAAAGAGUUACUACGCAUGUAGAAGGAGCCCUCAAUGAGUUUAAUCCCCAAGUGGUGAUUUACAAUGCUGGAACUGACAUAAUGGAGGGUGACUGUUUAGGUCUCCUCUCUGUUUCCAAACAGGGUAUUAUUGAAAGGGAUGAAAUAGUAUUUCAAAAGGUACGACAGCGAAGUAUCCCAAUUGUCAUGUUAACCAGUGGAGGCUACCAGCGUGUGACAGCAGCUGUUAUUGCAGACUCAAUAGCCAACCUCAACAAGAAGUCACUAAUUGAUAUGUCAUCUCACUAGUGCCCUCAUUCAGGAAGUGUACUGCAGGCUCUACUCUAUUCACUUAAUAUGCUUUUUAUUAUUGGUAUGUACAGCAUUUUAAAUUUUUGUAAUAUGUUUUACCAGGAAUGUGGAUAAAAAAUUUUAGCAUUUAAAAGUAUUGAAUGCACAGCUUUGAAGUGAUAUGAACAUUAUAUAGAUAUAAUAUUACAGUAUAAGAGCUCUAUCACCCUGCUCUUUACUGAAUUUUGCUUCAUACUUAAUAACACUCAUAUUUUAGGAUUUACUUUAUAUAUCCAGUAUAUUGUAUGUGUGUUUGGUUUACACAAACAGGAUACAUAUUAGUACUGCUCCUUUCAAAGAAUGUGUAUAAUUAUAAAUAGUGAAAAUUUGCUAUAGUGUUUUAAGGGAGUGAUUUAGCUCUCACCUCUGCCUUUUUAUAUGUACAUUUUAUACAGUGCUGGUAUAUAAACAGUAUUAUCAAAAUGCAAAAUAAAUAAAAACACACAUACUGUAUAAUCAAAAUGGAAAAUGAAAGUGCAAAAAAUGCUUUUGCUCUUUUGGAAAAAAUAACAAAAAUAUAUAUGCAUCUCAUAUAUACUGUGCAAACUAUACUAUACUGUAUUACCUAUGAGAUGUGUAUCUGCCUUACCUGUCAUUUGAGACAAAAUUGUCAGCUGAUAUUGUGACAAGAUGACUUGCUUUUAUAGCUGCUGUGGUACAAGACAAAGAUGUUAAUAGUUGAUGUAGGUAAGACAAAAUUUAAAACAAGUAUUGAAUCAAGAUGUUGGGUAGCUCAGUGGUAGAGCAUUCAUCUCACAACUGAAAGGACCCAGAUUCAAUCCUGGUUGGGGCAAAAUAUAUUUUGCAAGUCUUUUAACACCUGCUGCUUCAACUCAUCUAGUGGUAAAUAGAUACCUAGGAGUUGGUCAGCUUUUGGGCCACAUCCUUGAGGAUGACCUACCAUAUAUGGGUUCAAGUGGAUAUAAGCCACAUUGCUUGGCAUCCUUUAUUUAUUUUGGGUUUAUAUCUUUCCAGGAUUAAUAAACCAACAUUUUUUUUUACCAUGUAAUUUACAGGCUGUUAUCCUUCCUCAGGUUAUUUCAAAACCCAGUCCUAUCUAAGAUAGGACUGUUUGUCACUCCUUAGGGCAUGACACACAGUAGUCAGUUAACACCUGCUCUAGGUGCCUGUUUAUUAUUCACCAGUAUGUGAACAUAUGACAUCAAUAUAUGUAUAUGUCUCACCCUACUGGCUUUGAUGGGGCUUGAGUUACAGCUUGCCACAGCCAUGUUGGUGUGAGAUUCAUCUAAAAAUCUGCAUUGUGGUCACAGUGGAUCCAUGCUGGGAUACUAAGACAGAAAUAUAACAGUACAGAUGUAUCUAGUUAGAUGAAUUGUUUAGGCUUGCAUGGAACAGUAGUUAACACACUGGCCUGCUGGUUUUAGGACUGGCGUGUCAUGGGAUCAAAUAUCACCCUUUCUGCGUGUUGUUUACAAUUAUGUUAUCACAAUUUCAUGACUCAAGACUUGCAAGUAAUGUCUAGUUUUGGUUUGAGAAUCUCUUAAAAUUAUGGUGACUAUCUCACUAUUACCAGUAGUUGAAUUAUUCUUUUAUUAUACAAUAUUUUAAAAUGCAGGAAGUAGGUGGCUAGUAACCCAUUCUUCUGUAUACAUUACUGUUUUUGGUCACCCUGCCUCAGUGGGAGAUGGCCAAUGCAUUAAAAAAAAAGGGAAUUUUAAAAUGCAAUACUGUAUCAUACUCACAUGAAUUUUGUAUAUAGGAGAGUAUUAACUAGCUGCUUUAGGGAAUGGUGAACCAGAUUGUCAACAAGACCAAAUGAUUCCUUUUCUAAUGGUCCAUUUGUUUUGCACAUUUUUUUAUUUUAAUUUUCUGUUUAGGUGUUGGAUUGAAGAAGACCACCAAAUUAUCCUGGAAGCCAAAUAACUGAUCACCAGAUAAUCAGUUAUCUGUAAUAGGAUUAAUUUAUGUUCAACUAAAUGGUGUGAAAAUAUUGAUCCAUAUUGAAAAGGUCACAUAAGUUCAUUUAUCAUUAACUGUAUAUAAAUAUACUUUAUCUAGGUAGUAGAUUGGUAGACAGCAACCGCCCAGGGAGGUACUACCGUCCUGCCAAGCGAAUGUAAAACGGAAGCCUGUAAUUGUUUUACAUGAUGGUAGGAUUGCUGGUGUCUUUUUAUUGUCUCAUACACAUGCAAGAUUUCAGGUACAUACGUCUUGCUACUUCUACUUACACUUAGGUCACACUUCACAUGCAUGUACAAGCAUAUAUACACAUACCCCUCUGGGUUUUCUUCUAUUUUCUUUCUAGUUCUUGUUUAUUUCCUCUUGCCUCCAUGGGGAAGUGGAACAGAAUUCUUCCUCCAUACGCCAUGUGUGUUGUAAGAGGUGACUAAAAUGCCGGGAGCAAGGGGGCUAGUAACCUCUUCUGUACAUAUUACUAAAUGUAAAAGGAGAAACUUUCAUUUUUUCUUUUUGGGCCACCCUGCCUCAGUGGGAUACGGCCGGUGUGUUGAAAGAAGGAAGAAAUAUACUUUAUAAUACUCAUAAUUUUACUUGACUUUAAUCUUGUAGCAAGGUCAUUAGUUGAUCUUGAGUGCAAUAGAGGUAUAGUUGACAUUAAAGCAUAGCAAGUGGAUGACUUGCAUGGUUAAGCAUCACUGGGUGUGGCCAGUAACUGCAUGGAUGAGUACAUGGAUGUAGUCUUGCCCAUAGUUAGAGCUCCUGAAAACUAAUUUUAUGAAUAAUUUAGUGAAUGGUAGAACUUUGAGUGAUGUGUCUUGUCAUCCUAAAAAUAAAUAAAUAUUAAAUACAUAAAUAUAUACAUUACAGGUAGUAGGUUGGUAGACAGCAACCGCCCAGGGAGGUACUACCGUUCUGCCAAGUGAGUGUAAAACGAAAGCCUGUAAUUGUUUUACAUGAUGGUAGUAUUGCUGGUGUCCAUUUUUCUGUCUCGUAAACAUGCAAGGUUUCAGGUACGUCUUGCUACCUCUACUUACACUUAGGUCACACUACACAUACAUGUACAGGCAUAUAUAUAUACACACCCCUCUGGGUUUCUUCUAUUUUCUUACUAGUUCUUGUUUUUGUUUAUUUCCUCUUACCUCCAUGAGGAAGUGGAACAGAAUUCUUUCUCUGUAAGCCAUGCGUGUUGUAUGAGGUGACCAAAAUGCCAGGAGCAUGGGGCUAGUAACCCCUUCUGUAUAUAUUACUAAAUGAAAAAGGAGAAACUUUCGUUUUUCCUUUUGGGCCACCCUGCCUCGGUGGGAUACGGCCGGUGUUGAAAGAAAGAAAGAAGAAAUAUAUACAUACAUAAAUAAAUAUACAGUAUAUAUAAAUAAAGAUACAGUCCAGCCUAGAUUGUAUGAUUGGGCAUACAUACAAAUACAUACCGGUAUAUAUUUUAUUUUUCACUUGUAUUUCACUUGAACUGAGGCAUACAUGGCUUGACUUGUAAAUACCAUAUGAAUGGUCAACAAAACCUCUUGAGUGCUCAUCAUCAUCAUCAUCAUCAUCAUCAUCAUCAUCAUCAUCAUCAUCAUCAUCAUCAUCAUCAUCAUCAUCAUCAUCAUCAUCAUCAUCAUCAUCAUCAUCAUCAUCAUCAUCAUCAUCAUCAUCAUCAUCAUCAUCAUCAUCAUCAUCAUCAUCAUCAUCAUCAUCUCAUCAUCAUCAUCAUCAUCAUCAUCAUCAUCAUCAUCAUCAUCAUCAUCAUCAUCAUCAUCAUCAUCAUCAUCAUCAUCAUCAUCAUCAUCAUCAUCAUCAUCAUCAUCAUCAUCAUCAUCAUCAUCAUCAUCAUCAUCAUCAUCAUCAUCAUCAUCAUCAUCAUCAUCAUCAUCAUCAUCAUCAUCAUCAUCAUCAUCAUCAAUAAUAAUACUGCCUAGUUUCCCCACUUCCCUGGAGUGAAGGGAAGUGGAUGGGUGAGAAUGGGGGUAACUUUAUUGACAUAGAAGUGGAUGGGAAGGAGAAAGAGGGGUGGGGUGGUAUUAAAUGGGGAUUUGGGAUGCUGUGGGUUAUGUGAAGAUGUUACCUGGAGGUUGUUUUGGGAAUCAGUGUCCUCCAGUCCCAGAGCAGGCCUCCUGAUGGAUGGUGUGAUCAGCCAGACUUGGUGCUAGCCACACACAGGCCCUUGUAUGUACUAUAUAUGUACUGGUUAUCAGGAGGAUGGUAAGGGGGAAAAGGAAAUACAUUAAUAUCCUACUUUGCCAUAUCUCUUGUGUGUGAGCUCUGGUAUGAUGGCCUCUAGAAUGAAGCCUCUGGUGUCUCUCUCUCUCUCCACUCAGCUGCCUUACACACUGGUGGAAUCCUUAUGGAUCAUAUUUCUCCAAUUCCCUGUUUAUGCUCAUUUGGCUGCUAAUAAAAUCACUAAGGGUUCUUCCACCACUUAUGCUAUAUUAUAUUAUAUUUUUGAGCUGGGUUUUUGACAAUGAACAGUUGCUCUUUCUUAUGCAUGCUUCACUCAGAAUUACUUAUUCAGUUUUUUCCUACAGUAAUUGUUUCCAGUAAAAGCAACCAGAUCUGGCAGGACACCACUUCUAGGUCUGGUGUCUUGUGUUUUUUGGUUUUAUGUAUGGUAUCUGUCUUACCCGUUUUAGGUUUUGUGUAGCAGCACCUUUCCUACCUGCUAUGAAUUAUGAAUAUGUAUUUACACCUGUCCUAACUGCCACAUCAGGAACAUCAUAUAUAUGUACAUUACAUCUCUUAGGUAGAAUACUGUAUAGCUUCUGGUUGAAAAUUAAAUGGUACAGUGACUAUUUUUUUGUGAAAUUGAAAAGAAAUGGAGACUAUAAAGGAAGAACCCUUGUACUGUUUAAUUUACUGCCAGAAAAGAUACUUGUAGGACAAGUGUUGCUAUACAACCUACAAUGGGGUGAAUACAAAAUUGUAUCCCAUAUGAGAAGGGUGCCUUCAGUGAUAAUAAUUAGGGAAAUGAAGAAUUAUUCUGAGUUGAAAUAUACAUGAGAAAAGGGAACUGUGUAUAUUCAAAGCCAAAUAAAAAAAACAGUACAUUACAAGUGUAGUCUUCAUUAUUGUUCAGUUUUACCCUAAAAUAUGAGUAACCCCUAUAUUACUCAUGAGAUAUAUGGUAUGAGUCUUGUAGUAUUUGUUUAGUUUCAGAUUAGAAAAUUUUUAUUUUGUAUUAUUUUUUGUGUAUAUUUUUUUAGAUACUAUAUAAAAUUUGAUAGUGAAUAAAUGUUAUAUAAUGUAAUUUGUUAAAAUUUAAUAAUUAUUUAAUAACUUUUUGUAAAUUGUAGACUUUUAAUCCUGGAGACAAUAGACGAAUCUUAAUGUAGAAUUUUUAUAGAAUAACACAGCUAUAAUUCUAGCACUGUACAUUAGUCUUUCUAUGAUAUAUUGUAGUGAGGCAUGUAAAUAUUGUUGACUUCUUUAAAAAAUUAUUUUAAUAUAAAUAGAUGUAGUGUAUAUAUUUACAUAAAAGUUUAGAAGCUUGCAUAAUACUGUAUUUUCUAAUGGGAUUGCUACUCUCAAAUCAGCAUUUCUUAAGUUGUUAUAAUAACUAAAUAUAAUGGGCAAUGAGUUUAGUCAAAACAAAAGAUCUGAGUGAUUUUUGUGAUUUAUUCCUUUUUAGAAAUGUUCCAUGCUGGACCAGUUUUGCUCUCUGGUAAUGGGGGAUUAUUUUCAUUGUCAGGGGAUAUGGGAAAAUUUUUGCCUGAUGUGAGUCUGUCAUGUGAUGAACUAUUCUGUGGAGUGUUUGUUUUCCAAGAGAAGAUACUUGAUGUGAAUGAGGGGCUUUUGAUCUAAGGAGCUGGACCUAACCUUCCCAUCCCUAGAUUCAACCUGAUUAUCCUUGCUCUGCCAGGUGCAUUCCUCCCAUGAAUGUGAUAAUAAUUUUGGUCAUUUGAAAAGAGGCCUUCUGCUAGCUUACCAGGUCACCACAUAAAAAAUUAAAUAAUCGGUGGGAAUCGGCCAGUGUGAUAAAAAAAAAAAAAAUGUGACAUUUCAACCGAAGUUAUGUGUGGCAUUGCAUACCUUAUUUCUCAAAGAAGAGUAAAAUAGUAAUUACUCUGAGCUAGGCAACAUACCCAGUAUAUUGCUGACAGUAUUUAAAUAUCAGUCUAAAAAUACAUUAAUGUCUUGAUAGGACAUAAGGGGUAAGCUAAUGGAUUUUUUGUAAUGAGAUUGUAAACAGGCAAUCUAUACACAUAGAUAUAUACAUGUAAUGGUUCAGUCCUUGUCAUACUAAUACAUAGUAAAUCUGAUAGUUAGUUAUUAGUUAUGUUGUAUACUUUUAGUAAUAUUUCACCAAAAGUAUGGGCCAGUAGGCCUUCUGCAGUGUUUCUCCAUUCUUAUGUUCUUAUAUUAUGGCAGUGUAAAGCAUGUACUAUAGAAUCAUUUGAAGUUAAUAGCAAAAGAUACAAGAAAUAUCUGAAGCAUUUUACUAAUACUGGAGUAACUUACUGUUGAAGCUCUAGUUACAUUACUGAGAAUGUCAUAAUUAUUACACUUAUGAUGAUCAACUUAUUCAUGGCAUUGAGAUAACAGUGCAAAAUAUAAUCCCCCCAAAAUAUUUUUCAUAUAUGGUUUACUUAAAAAAGUGCUGUGCAUAAUUAUGGGCUUUCAGCAAUGAAAAUAAGCAGUGUUUUUACACAUUCUUGUAAUGUAACUUCAUGGAAAAUAUUUAUUGUCUUUUAUUUUUAAUUAUUUUGAAUAGUAACAAGAUAUGUAAACCCUACAGGUUAUUCUAAGAAUUUACUACAAAUUUUUUUUGAAGUAUUAAAUGAAGGGAUGUACAUAUUUAUGAAGUUGAUUACUUAAUUUUAUCCAAGAAACUAUAAUAGAUAUAACAGGUCUAACCUGUGUCUCGUUGUUUAAUAUUUUGUGUAAUUGUCUUAACUUACUGUUUAGUAAAGUACUGAUGCUUGACGUUCCUUGACUAUACAGUUCAGUUGUAGAGAUGCUUACUUGACGAAUGAGAAUAAUGUGAUUUGAAUUCUCUAUCCUUCUGUUACUCAUAUGCAGUAUACAGUAUAAGUUAUAUGAUUUUAAAAUUUCAAGUCUCUCCAUAACAGAUCAAAUUUACCUGCUUUAUGGAAACUGUGAUAUAGAUUUUAAAAUACACAUAUAUUCAUACUUUGCUUGUAAAAGUAGCUAAAAACUAUAGUGCCUAAACUCAAUUUGUAAAGGUGUGUAUGUGCCUAGUUAUAUCAAAUAUAAAAAAAGGAAUUUCAUACUAGUUAUGGUACUCUAAUUAGAUGUAAUUGAGGCUGCUUAUGUACAAUUAAUUGGAACAGUAACUCGUAUAUUUUUAGUUUGUUCUUGCUAAGAAAAGUUGCACAAAGUAUUUUGAAAUUUCCUGUUAUACAUUUAGAUUAUCAUGCAUGCAUUUCCCAGUACUAACUGAUCUGGGGAGUUAUUAAAGUAGCUCAGGGAUGAGUGGAUUUACUAAUCAGUUAGAUUUGAUUAAAAGCUUAAAUACAGCACUUCAUUGUAGUUUCAUAUAAUACUUACACACAACAUUAUUAAUGUACGCAAUUUUUUAAUCAGUAUCAAUGUUCUUUCUUUUAUAGUAAAUGUUAUUUAAAAACAAGUGUUUUUGUAGAUUAUAAUUCUUAGAAUGUUAACAAUAAUGAGUAGCAAAUAUCAAAUUAUUUUUUAUAGAAAAUCUUGUAAGCAUUUUAUAUCUCAAACAACUUUUUUUUUUUCUGGCAUACAUAGUACAUUUUAAGCUAGUUUCUUGACUCAAGCUUCUCUGCACUUUAAACUUCGUUCUUUCCCUCUUAAGAUAAUUGAUUCUUCCAUACUGAGAUAUCUGGCUCAUGUAUAUUCAUGAGCUGUAUAGUGUUGUGUCACUUCACUCAAUUCUGUUGCACAUUUGUCCUACCAGUUAAUUCUUUCUUCACAAUAAAUAUUGUUAUAUUAAAGGGA